AAUGGCAGGCAAACCAACAGUGACUUGUAAUUGGCUGCUCUCCUCCAAAUCUGAUAAUCUACACUUGUCGGCGGUGACGGAAAAAGGAGAAAUCUGGACCAAUGUUGACUGCAUAAAGGUAGUCUCCGCCGGCGACAACUAUCGGAACGAUGAUCGGCGGUGCAAGACCCCCCUCUCUAAUAAUGGUUGUUUCCAAGAUUCCAACACUUGUUUGAGUUCUCCGCAACCCAGUUCCAUCUUUAGGUUUGUUCCUACACUUUCACAUCCAAGAAAGGAUUGUCGUUUUCAUUGGAUCGGAUUGAGGCAGGUUAUAUGGGGGAAAAAUUAUGCUAUUUCCCAAGUUGAAACUUGAUUUACUGCUUUCCCUUCCUUAUAUUAUAUAUAUAUGUAUGUAUAUCCUUGCAAAACCUUGUACGAUUAAACAGUAAUCCAUGUUGGAAAGGGAAAUGGACUCUGGAGAAGGGUCCCCUCAUUGGAGUGUCUUUGAUAAUGUGAAGACUAUCCCGACAACACCUGAAGCGCUCAUGGCUGAGAUCAAUUCAGCCAUUUCUUCUUAUGAGUAUGCUCAUGCUACUGCACUUCUAAAGUCUCCCCCUUCUUCACAUCUGAAGAAUAAGAGCGCUGAUUUGAAUUUGGUAUCCCAAUAUGAUGCCCAAAUGGCUGAUGAAGCUUAUAAGGAAGGAUUGGCGUCCUUGGCUGCAGGCAAGCUCAAUGAGGCUCUUUAUUCUUUGAAUCUUUCACUCUCCUAGUGCCCACCUAAUAAGGCAUCUGCUGUUGCUAAGCUUCAAUCUCUCAUUUCGCUCACAUCUCAGCAACUUAAGAAACCUCAGAGGUGACUUGGUGCCUUUCUCCUCAUUAAUUCUUGUUCUUCUUGUACCUUUCCCUCUUUGCUCAAUUUGGAGACAGUUCAAUGUGAUGGAGCCUGUUGUCACUUUUUGAACACUUUGCAUUUAGUCUAUACAUUUUAAGUUUCUCACGUUAAUUUUCUUGUAUUUGUCUACGUAAUGAUUUCCCAACUUCUUUCAUGUUUGCAUGUUCUAUUUAAUGAAGAAAUUUGUAUCCCACCACAGAGGACGGGGCUCAUCUCUUUGAUCA